GUCAUAUCCGGCCUCCAGCAACGCUGUCAGUGUCAAAGCUAGCAGGCGAGCAGCAGCUUUAUUUGACAGCACGCUUAAGAGGAGAUAUCAUCCGCUAGUUUGAUUUUAACACGACGGGACUGGGUGUCUAAAGGUGUGUGAACGUGGUCCUGAUGGGCAGUCUCCGUUCGGCUGCUGCGUGAGUUGGAUAUUUUCACUUCAAAACAAGGGUCGGAGCUAAAGGAAGAACACGUUGCCUGGCUGCUCGUCUUUGUCAGACAGUGGGUUUACCAGCAGUAAGUGGGUCGCUCGGUCAAGAAACACUAUCAGUUUUAAGUGAAACCCCACAGAUCUUGUACUCAGGAUGCCGUGCCAUAACCAGCAAAUGAACAGUGUCAACAGCGGACAGGAGCACCCAAUGAAGCAGGUGCGGUUUGCAAACAACAGCAGCAGUGUCCCCGCAGUGCUGACCAGCCCUGAACCAAGUGAUGCCACCGCACAUCCUGUCAGCCAGGACAACCUGGGACCGCAGCUCAAACUGCUUCCUCUCAACGACCAGAUCCGGGAAUUACAGACUAUAAUCCGAGACAAGACAACCAGCAGAGGCGAUUUUGUGUUUUGUGCCGACCGACUGAUCAGACUAGUAGUUGAAGAGGGCUUGAAUCAGCUCCCAUACUCAGAAUGCACUGUGACCACACCUACAGGGUACAAGUAUGAAGGUGUCAAGUUUGAAAGAGGCAACUGUGGAGUCAGCAUUAUGAGGAGUGGUGAGGCCAUGGAGCAGGGUCUCCGGGACUGCUGCCGCUCCAUCCGCAUUGGCAAGAUCCUCAUCCAGAGCGAUGAGGAGACACAGAAAGCCAAGGUCUACUAUGCUAAGUUCCCCCCAGACGUGUACAGAAGGAAAGUGCUUCUCAUGUACCCCAUUCUUAGUACAGGGAACACGGUGAUUGAGGCGGUGAGGGUCCUGAUAGAGCACGGAGUCCAGCCCAGACAUAUUAUCCUCCUCAGCCUCUUCUCUACGCCUCAUGGAGCCAAAUCUAUAAUCCAGGAGUUCCCAGAUAUCACCAUCUUGACCACAGAGGUUCACCCAGUGGCUCCGACACAUUUUGGACAGAGGUACUUUGGCACUGACUGAACCGAGGACAACCUGAGGAACAUGGUCUGCAUUCUGAGUCCAUUUUGUCGUUUUAUUUAAAUGUUUCUCAUGUUCUCCUUGUUGUGCCAAAUACUGCCAAUUGAGCUCUAAAGUUCCUAUACUGAUACAAAAUGAAUAAUCUGACUGUAUUUAUUAUGUUUUGUUUUGAUUUUUUGGUUUUGUUUUGUUUUUUGGGUUUUUUUUUGCAGCAUAUACUCUAUCUGCUAUAGAAAGAAAACAACACUGAACCAUAUAAAGAGUUCAACUUGGAGCAUUUUAUUUUGCAUGUUACAACAACUGAUGGAUCAAUAAAGAAUUUAUAUUUGUUAACAGA